CACGUCGUAGCCUGACAAGUCAAUCUCUUCCCAUUGCACCCACUGUUCCAAGUCGAUCCCGAUCGCAAUAAGGCUUCGACAAUGAACGGACUACCACCCGCGCCUGUGCUAUGGCAGGAGGCACGCGCUGCAGAUGGCCGUACCUAUUAUUACAAUACCGCAACCAAAGAAACAACAUGGACGAAACCGGCAGAGGUCAUGACUCCUGUGGAGAAGGCUCUUGCAGCUCAGCCAUGGAAAGAAUAUUCCACCCCUGAAGGUCGAAAAUACUACUACAAUACCGAAACGAAGCAGACAGUAUGGGAAAUGCCGGCGCCAUAUCGCGAGGCCCUCAACUCCGCGCAACUUCCUCCCAAACCUGUACAGCAACCGCCUGCUUUUGUCGCCGGUGGAAGCACGGCCCUGACAUCCUACUCCGCAUCUCGCGACACCGGUACACCCUUUGAAUCAAGAGCGCGGAACGAUGGCAUACAAUUACCCGUCACAAAAGAGGUCGUGCCCGAUUAUUCCAGCUUUGAAGAAGCAGAAGCAGCUUUCAUGAAGCUAUUGCGCCGGUCUAAUGUACAGGCCGAAUGGACUUGGGAACAGACGAUGAAAGCAACCAUUAGAGAUCCACAAUACCGAGCCCUGAAAGAUCCGAAAGACAGGAAAGCAGCAUUUGAGAAGUUCUCGGUCGAGGUUCGCCAACAAGAACGAGAAAAAGCCAAGGAAAGACUGGCUAAGCUACGCACAGAUUUUGGUAAAAUGCUGAGAACACAUCCAGAAAUCAAGCAUUACAGUCGCUGGAAGACCAUACGACCCAUCAUCGAAGGCGAGACCGUCUUUCGAUCCACAGAUAACGAAGACGAGCGUAAGCAGCUAUUCGAGGAAUACAUUGUAGAGCUCAAGAAGCAGCAUAUCGAACAGGAAGCUGCUACGCGAAAGUCCGCUUUGGAUGACCUUGGUGCCAUACUCAAAGCUCUCGAACUUGAGCCGUACACCAGGUGGUCGCAGGCCCAGGAAAUUCUGGACCAAAAUGAAAGGAUUCAGACAGAUGAGAGAUUCAAACUUCUGAGUAAGUCAGAUGUCUUGACGGCCUUUGAGAAUCAUAUCAAAUCGCUCGAAAGAAACUUCAAUGAUGCACGUCAACAGCAGAAAGCCAGCAAAGCUCGCCGGGAACGACAAAACCGUGACAAAUUCCUCGAGCUACUUCAAAGUCUGCGAAGCCAAGGCAAAAUCAAGGCCGGCACCAAGUGGAUGAGCAUAUUGCCGACCAUUCAGGACGACCCGAGGUAUGUUGCAAUGUUGGGUCACGCUGGAUCAACACCGUUGGACUUGUUUUGGGAUAUAGUCGAAGAAGAGGAAAGAGCUCUUCGAGGACGGAGAAAUGAUGUUUAUGAUGUACUAGAGGACAAGCGAUAUGAAGUUACACCAAAAACAUCUCUCGAUGAGUUUCUUGAUAUCAUGCAUGCUGAUCGAAGAACAGCCAAUAUCGACCGUGAUGUUCUCGAACUCAUAUACCAGCGUUUGCAUGAGAAGGUUAUGCGGAGGAGCGAAGAUGAAAAGCAUGCCGCAGACCGGCAUCAGCGCCGUGCAGUAGAUGCCCUCAGAUCACGCAUCAAACAUCUCGAACCUCCUGUGCGCAUAACUGAUAGCUGGGAAACAGUCAAAGCUCGAGUUGAGAAGAUGAAUGAGUACCAAGCUGUCGAGAGCGAAGACCUGAGAAGAUCUGCAUACGAAAAGGUUGUCAAGCGAUUGAAAGAAAAGGAAGAGGACGCAGAAAGAGAACGGGAGCGAAGACAUUCCCGACGAGAUGACGACCGGGACCGCCGUAAUGGUCAUCGCGGAGAGACCAAAUAUGGGCGACUCUCGAAAUCCCCGGAGCCUGAUGCCUAUGAAGCUGACCGUCGCAAAGCUAUGGCUGCCCGAGAGAAGCAGUAUCGCAAGGCCAGCUCAUUGGGUUUGAGCCCUCCACCUUCAUCUUAUCGCGAUCGCGAGCGACGAGAAAGAGACGAGAGACAUGGUCGCCUUGAUCGGGACCGAAUAUCACCGUCACGACAUAUGAGCGCUUACGAACGUGAGCGCCGUGAGCGCGAAGAAGAACGAGAACGCCUCUAUAGGACGCGUGCGGACCCUCGGAGCACCCGAGACGAACUCAACUAUGGCGAAGAAUCAAGAAGCGUGGCUGGCAGCGAGCGAAGAAGACGACGGGGGGAUGGCAGUGAUGCCGAAAGUGUCGAAAGUGGCCGUCGAAGUGCGAAGAGAUCCCGCCGUGAAAGAGGUAACUCUGGGGAGAAAGACAAGAGCAAGACACCGGAACCGGUGAAGCCCGAACUUGUGGCCGAGCCAAGCGGUGUGCAUUCCGGUAGCGAGGAAGGGGAAAUCGAAGAGGACUAGAUGUCUGCGGUUGAAAGUGAGAAUCCACCAGGUUAGUCUGCUGUGGCAUCACCCUUCUUUCGCAGAGUCUACUACUUGCUUGAGCUGAAGUUAGCUCAGCGGCAAGGCAAAAACUUCUCCUGUCCGUACCCACGAACUGUGAUGGACGUUUGAGCACGUUUAUGCUGCUGGGGAGGCCGGCAGCGUUCCAAGGAUGGCUUGAUCGGUAUGUAGUACCCACUUACCGGUGUCUAAUCAUAAAAUACAGUGUCUUUUGCUCUCA